CUCAUAUUGGUCUUUAUUUUUUUAUCAUUUAAAAUGUUCCUGAAAAAUAAGCUGUAUGCGAUGUUUUUGUGAAUACAAACAUUACGCAGUUGUUUCAUUAUUUGCUGCUUGGAGGACACAAAAGGCAGCAUGUAUAGGAUGAACUCAAAAUUUGAAUAUUUGUGUCAAUUGGCUGCAUUACUUUUGCUUUAUUGUUUGUCGAGAUCGUCAGUCUGUGCAUUCCGCAACUAAUUAGGUCUGUUUUUCACCAUUUAUCAUCAUAAUGCCGUUUGCCGACCUCAUAUCAUCCCUCUCUGAUAAUCCAUAUUUUGGAGCUGGAUUUGGUCUUUUUGGUGUUGGUGCGGGAGCUGCAAUGUUGAGAAAGGGAUCACAAGUUGGCAUGAUCAUGUUCAGAAGACAUUAUAUGAUGACUCUAGAGGUACCAUGCAAGGAUAAGAGCUAUCAGUGGCUUCUUCAGUGGAUCACAAAGAAAGGUGCGAAGCAAACACAACACUUAAGCGUUGAAACCACAUACAGGCAGCAUGACAGUGGCAAGAUAACCACAAACUAUGACUUUAUUCCCAGUGUUGGAGUUCACUUUCUGAGAUACAACAAGACCUGGAUCCGGGUGGAAAGGAACCGUGAGCAGCACACCACUGACUUCCAGAUGGGAGUUCCGUGGGAGACUGUCACACUCACUGCGCUCGGCAGGAACAAACAGCUCUACUUUGAUAUGCUAGAAGAAGCUCGUCAGCUGGCGCUGCGGGAGAACCAGGGCAAGACGCUGAUGUACACGGCGGCCGGAUCCGAGUGGCGCCAGUUCGGCCACCCGCGCCGCCGCCGGCCGCUCGACUCGGUAGUGCUCGACCAGGACAUCAGCGAGCGGAUCCUGGCGGACGUGAACGAGUUCCGCCGCAACCCGGCCUGGUACCAGGACAGAGGCAUUCCGUACCGGCGCGGCUACCUGCUGCACGGACCGCCCGGCUGCGGCAAGUCCUCCUUCAUCACAGCGCUGGCCGGCGAGCUCGGCUUCAGCAUCUGCGUGCUGAACCUGUCGGAGCGCGGCCUGAGCGACGACCGGUUGCACCACCUGCUGGCCGUGGCGCCCACCGAGAGCAUCAUCCUGCUGGAGGACGUGGACGCCGCCUUCGUCAGCCGCGAGGACACCGCGCAGAUGCGUGCUGCGUACGAGGGUCUCUCCAGAGUCACCUUCAGCGGUCUGCUCAACUGCCUGGACGGCGUGGCCUCAACAGAGGCGCGCAUUGUGUUCAUGACGACCAACUACCUCGACCGGCUGGACCCGGCGCUGAUCCGACCCGGCCGGGUCGACGUCAAGGAGCUGGUCGGCUACGUGACGCCCUAUCAGCUGCGCCAGCUGUUCCUGCGCUUCUACCCCGGCCAGACGGCGCUGGCUGAGCGGUUCGUCGAGGCGGCCGGACGGCUGGACCGACCGCUAAGCGCCGCAGCCGUGCAGGGACACUUCAUGCUGUACAAAGAGGCGCCCGAACAGGCGGUGGCAGCUGUCGCCGAUAUGGGGGCGUCGUGACCACUGUGUGGCCGGGAGGGGGGAGGUGUGAUUCUAGAGACCUCAGCUGAAUGACAGUGUGAAUGUUGUUUUGUAGGUAUUUUUAUUGUUGAACUUGUUUGUGUAUGUAUCAGUGUUAAAUAAUGUAAUAAAUGACGUCGAACUUUGA